AGUCUCCCCACGUCUCCUUCUCCUUCUCCUUCUCCUUGCUUGGUCGUCUUGCUCCAGCCUCUUCUUCCUCCUCGAGCCUUCUUCCUCCAGCCAGAGCCGAUCGAGAAAUUCCCCAAUCCGCCUACCUCCUACGCCACCGCCUCCCCAUCUCCAUCCAAUCGUCUCCAAUCACCCAAUCCCACCCCACCCGCCGGGAGGAGGAUCCAAUCCAUCCAUCCACCCACCACCAAAUCCCAUCCCAGCCAUGGAUUGCGAGCCGGAGGAGCUGCAGUUCCUGGGCGUCAUAGGCAUCUACCGCUUCUCCGCGGAGAUCCUCGGCGGCCAGCACCGCCCGCUCUUCGCGCGCAUCGCGGGGGCCUUCGUCCUGCCCCUCUCCGCGCUCUUCCUCCUCCACAUCGCCAUCUCGCACGCGCUCUUCACCCACAUCGACUCCGACGACACCGCGCUCGACGCCUCCUCCCCGGGCACCGACACGCAGCGCGCGCUGCUGUCCCGCCUCGCCUCCGACUGGCUCGCCCUCCUCCUCUUCAAGUCCGCCUACCUCCUCGCGCUCCUCCUCCUCUCGCUCCUCUCCGUCGCCGCCUCCGUCUUCUCCGUCGCCUCCGUCUACUCCGCCAAGCGCGACGCGCUCGCCUUCCCCAGGGUGCUCUCCGUCGUGCCACGCGUCUGGCGGAGGCUCGCCGCCACCUUCCUCGCCGCCUUCGCGCUCCUCUUCGCCUACCACGCCGUCGCCGUCCUCGUCUUCGUCGCGCUCCUCGUCGCCGCUGACAACGGGUCAGGCCUCGCGGGCCUCGUCGCGUUCCUCGUCGCCUUCGCCUACCUCGCGGGUCUCGUCUACCUCAGCGUCGUGUGGCACCUCGCCAGCGUCGUCUCCGUGCUCGAGGACUUCAAGGGAUUCGCUGCCAUGCGCAAGAGCAAGGACCUCAUUAAAGGGAAGGUCGUCACCGCGGGAGUCAUCUUCUUCACGCUCAACCUCGUCUUCGCCGUCGUCGAGCUCGGGUUCCGUGCUUGGGUUGUCAAGGGAUCCGGAGCGGCCUCGAGGAUUUUACUUGGCCUCCUCAUGCUCGCCGCGCUCUGCUGCGUCGUCAUGUUCGCGCUCGUCUCCCAGACCGUCGUCUACCUCGUCUGCAAGAGCUACCACCAUGAGAGCCUCGACAAGGCCAACAUCUCCGAUCACCUCGAGGUCUACCUCGGCGACUACGUCCCGCUCAAGGCCUCCGACGUGCAGAUGGAGCAGUUCCAGGUCUGAAUCUCAUGACGGCUUCUUCCUCCUCCUCUGCUUCUUUCUUUCUUUCUCACUGCCUGCAAGAGCAAAUCCAUUCCAUCCUCUGCUUUGCUGCUGGAUUUGUUACAAAUCCUUCCUACCAUCGGCAGUCAGGCAAUCUGUAAUUUUACAUACGGACAGCAGCAACAUGUGAUGAACAUACUUUAGCACUAGUACCUUUCUAGAGAGAAUUGGGAAUUUGGGUUGGGGACAAGAAUAAUUGGAAUCUGUACUUGUAACGGUGGAGUUGAUGUAGGAUUUGCUUCUCCUCCUUUUUAAAUUGUGGGAAGAAUGAACAUACUAUGAACUAUUAUUAUGAAAUGAGGGUAGGUUAAUUUCUCUCUCAGGGACAUGUGGUUCCUUUCCUUAUUUAGACCGGUUACAAAGAUGAAUGGAUAUGCUGAAAUUACAAACUUUA